AUGUUGGAUGCUGACUCAUGCAACGUCCUUUUAGGGAAGGAAGUGGAAUGUGAGCAAGAUAUUGGAAAUCCCGCAAACAAGGAAGGUGAGGAGGAAGGGGAAUGUGUGUCUCAAUCAGCAGAUUUUCUUCAACGCCAUGCAAGGAAAGAGAAUGAUGCAACGGCUGGAGGGUUUGUGGCAGCUGGGGAGAGAGAGGAGACUAUGGCUAUGGCAAGAGUUGUGUUCAGUUUAAAAGACUCUAAAGCCCCAGGGCCUGAUGGUUUCGGGGCUGGCUUCUAUAAGCACUCUUGGGAGGUCAAUGGUGAGGAGCUAACGAAUGCGAUCCAAUGGUUCUUUGCGAAUUCCUUCAUGCCCCAUUCUAUUAAUGCUACUUUUAUCACUUUGGUGCCGAAGUCUGGGGAUGUCUCCACUUUUGCGGGGUUUCGGCCUAUUGCUUUAUGCAACCUCCUAUAUAAGAUCAUCACAAAAAUCCUCUCUAAUAGGAUCCAGCAUGUUAUUGGGAGUGUGGUUAGUCAUAAUCAGUCGGCAUUCAUCAAGGGCAGGUCUAUUGUUGACAAUAUCCUUGUCUGCCAUGAUAUUGUGCAUGGCAUCGAACAAAAAGCCACUAGUCCUACUGCAGUUUUGAAGGUAGAUCUUCACAAGGCCUACGACUCUCUUAGUAGGAAAUUUUUGUUUGAUGUGAUGGGAAGAAUGGGGUUCUCCGACAAGUUUAUAGAGUGGGUGAAAGCUUGUGUGACCACCCCUAUGUUCUCUGUCCUUAUUAAUGGCAGCCCGGCGGGUUUCUUCAGUGGAGGGAGAGGGAUUCGACAAGGUGAUCCGUUGUCCCCCUACCUCUUCACCCUUGCAAUGGAGGCUUUUUCUAGAAUUAUGCGAAGGCUUGAGAUUGAUGGUCAGAUUAAGCUGCUACCCCGUUGUAAAUCGUUCCACCUUUCCCACCUCAUUUUUGCGGAUGAUCUUAUGAUUUUUGUGAAGGGGAACCGUGAUUCAAUUUCAGCUAGUUUGGGGGGUCUUGAUGAGUUUGCUGCCCUCUCCGGGCUUCAACUUAAUAGAUCUAAGUCCUCUAUUAUAUUAGGGGGCCUUACCCAAGCUAGCAGUCUGAAACUUUUGGAUUUAACGGGUUUUUCGGAAACCAAGCUGCCUAUUCGGUACCUUGGAGUUCCUCUUGUGUCUGGCAGGUUAUCCAUGAAAGAUUGCAGCCCCAUCUUGGAUCUGGUUCGUCGAAAAUUGGAGGGGUGGAAGGCUAGAUUCCUCUCUUAUGCUGGUCGUCUUCUACUCUUAUCUUCAGUUCUGCAAGGUAGCUACAUUUACUGGGCAGGGAUCUUUGGCCUUCCAGGAAAUGUUAUCACCAAACUGGAGUCUAUGUUCUCUAAUUUCCUUUGGUCAGGCCCCUCCCUUGAGAGGAAAACCCAUUUUAUUUCUUGGGAUGCGGUCUGUAAGCCAAAAUCAGAGGGAGGGCUGGGAAUCAAGCGAGUCAAAGAAAUGAACAUUGUCGGAAUUAUGCAGCAAAUUUGGUGGAUUGCCUCCAAGCAAGAUCGGUUUUGGGUUAAUUGGGUACACCAAAGAUACCUCAAGCAAGAGUCUCUUUGGACAGUCAAGGGUCUCAAUAACUGCUCUUGGGUCUGGCGUAAAGUCUUGAAAUUUGGUAAUAGGAUUUGCUAUGAUGCAGGCUCUUAUUCCCUUGCUGCCCGUCAUGCUUGUGUCAAGGAGAUUAUCCGUGAUGGAGAUUGGCACCCUGGUCCCUCUACAUCUUUCGAUCUCAUUGAUAUUUGGAGGGCCCUUCCAGCAAUUGAAAAUUUUCAUGAUGAGGUUUCGGAUUUGACAGUGUGGACUGGUAACUCAUCAGGUAAUUUCUCUUCCAAAUCAGCCUGGAAUGCUAUCCGCACAAGAGCUGCCCGUAUUGACUGGAGCGAAGCUGUUUGGAAUCAUCUCUUCUUCGGGUGCCCUUUUACUACUGAUAUUUGGAAACAUAUUUAUGACCUUUGUUUCCAUGAUGGGGCCACUCCUAGCAAUGCCAUUGAUGUAGCCAUUUCGGUUAGAUAUGUUGCAGGUAGAGCAGGGAAAUUGGGGCUGGUCAUAAAGCUUGCUUUCUGUGCCACAAUCAAGCAUAUUUGGUCGGAGAGAAAUUACAGAAUUUUUAGAAACAAAAUCAGAUCUAAGGACCAGAUUGUAGGGGCUAUAAAGGGGGAUGUUAUUGGCAGAUUAUCUUCCAUUGACUUGGUGGGAGACCCUACUAUUGCCAACCAUCAUAUUGCUGCCAAAUGGGAUCUUCAAGUUCGUUGGACUGCAAGAAUUCCAAAGGCAUGCUCUUGGUUUGCUCCAAAGAACAUGGUUGCUCUCCAUUGUGAUGGGUCUCUUUCAGAUGACAAGGCAAGCUUUGGGGGUCUCAUUCGUGAUGAUAGUGGGGAUCCCUUAGCUGCCUUUGCUGGCAUAGGGGAAGAUCUUUCGGUGCUGUCCAUGGAGCUCAUGGCUAUUUACAGAGGAAUUUCCCUCUGCGUUGAUAAGGGCUUUUAUGAUGUCUCUAUUAGGUCGGAUUCAAAGUUGGCCGUCGAUAUUUUGAAUGGAGUGAUUACUAGGCCUUGGCAAAUCCUAACCUUGAAAAGUAAGAUCCAAAUAAAGGCAAGGCUGCUUAGGUCUAAAGAAUUCAUUCAUGUGUGGAGAGAACAGAAUCAGCCUGCAGAUUUCAUGGCCUCCAUCCCUACAGACCCUUCUGGAAUUCUUUGGGAGCCUAAGUCCUUCCCUCCGGAGCUAGCGAUUCUCAUAAAGCAAGAUAAAGAGUUUGUAACCAAUUAUAGGAUGUAG